AUUUACCCUGUACAUAUGUUUCCACCAUCCAGGUCCAUAAUUCGUGUCAGGGGAACACCUCUGGUCAUCAGGAAUUCCAGAAACAGGCAAACAGGUCAAAGGUCACAGAGGUCAAGGACAAACCAAGUUCAAGGGAGCACUAGAAACAGAGGUGCGCCCAGACCACAAGGUUCGGCCAGGUCUCAGUGCUCAUUCGCUAGGCAAAGGGCAGCGGAGAGGAGAAGCCAGCGCAAUAACGCGACGCCGCCCGUCAUCACGAUAGGCAGCAGCGACGGCAAUCAGUCAUCCAAUCAGCAAAGAGAUGACGCAGUGGCCAAUCGCACACAAAGAGAGGGAGGGGAGUCGCAACAGCAGGGGGGCUCUGCACAACAGACUCAAACAAAUCGGAGCUCUACGAGAGAAAUUGUGGAAAUCGACAUCUCCGGGGCCGAGGAAGUCACGGCGAGGGAAUCACGGAGAAGACGAAGAGUAACCGUAAUGAUGCAAAUUGCGGCAGGGGCAAACGAGAGAAGUGCAACCGCACAGAGGAGAGUUGCACCCGCACAGGGGAGACCUCCAACUGCAACUCGGAGUAGAAGAAGGCUGGGCGCGAAUUCGAUGCUGUUGGACAGCGGGGAAAGCGAAUCGGAGGCCGCUCCCACCGUGCCCAAGCGUCCUCGCCGUCACAAUGGUGGAAAAAAAUGAUCACACAGAUAGGAGCUUUUCUGACAACUUACAAAAAUUGUAAUAUUUGAUAUUAAA